AACUGUAUAUAAACCCCUGUGUGAACAUCUGCCCAGAGCUCCAGACACUGAGACAAGAGGACGUUAAAAUCUGAAUAAAAUCCACAAAUGGCUGCUGUUGGACAGAGUCUCCCAGUGAGUGUUAACGUGGUCAAUGCUCAGUCCUCGACAAUCCUCCACUUCCUAAAAGCCCAGCCCAAAGCACUCGGGUACAUCAUCACCGGCUCUCUGUCUGUUGCUGCAGAAACCAACCUUAAUUCCUGUGUGGUGAAGGGAUCGCUGGGAAUGAAUGUGGUCAGUGCCGUAUUUUCAGCAGUCGGCAUCGGAGUACUGACCGGAGACUUUUUCUUAUAUUAUUACUGCAACCAGUACAGCUGCUCCAUGUUUGAGGCUCGCUCCAAAGCCAUCAGUGCAGUCCUGCUGGUUUUUGCGAUUCUUCAGUUCAUCAUCUCCAUCACCAUCUCAGCGUUCGGUUGUAAGGCCACCUGCUGCUCUGAACCCAUGAUGCCUACUGUAAUAUACUCCAAUCAGGCUGCACCUGGCAACCUACAGGUGCCUGUUGUAAUGUACCCUAAUCAGGCUGCACCUGGCAACCCACAGGUGCCCAUUGUAACGUAUUCCACCCAGAGUGCCCUUAGCAACCCACACAAUGUGAUGUACAUCCCACAAGUGCAGGUGAACAACAGCACCCCAGCAGCACAAAACCUGUACGAAGAUCUACAUCACAAAUAACUAAGCACCAAGAACAGAAGAUAAAAUCCAAUAG